GCCGUUGAUUAAGUGUGUUUUGUGAUCGAUUGACGGUCAAACGGGCAUCGAGCGACGUCAUCUGUGUCGAUGAUCUGAUCUAAUAAGCUCAUCAAGGUUCCUGAUUGGGGGCUGUUGGCGCGUUUCCAAAGAUGGGUGUGUACAGAAUCGUCCUUCCAGACGCGAGCAUGGCAUCGCUGAUGAGCACGCUAGAACAGAUAGCGGACUUCUCCAGUGACGUGGAGGAUGACGUCAACUCGUCGACGGCAGCGGACAAGUCGCGAUGGGAGUACAUGAAGGAGCGACAGGCGAUGGCCAACGCGGCGGUGGACGUGAAGGAGACACCUACGUCGUACGAGUUCGUCCCGGACGUGCCGGGACUUAGCGGCGAGAACGUGAAAGUGCACGUGGAGAACGGCAAUACGCUCGUGAUCAGCGACAAGCGCAGGCGAGACGCGUCAGCGUCAGCGGCGGAGGAGAACGGGGAGAAGAAGCAAUUCAAGUACCUGCGGAUGGAGAGGAGAGUGGGCAAGUUCGUGCGCAGGUUCACUCUGCCAGAAGAUGCCGAGCUGGAUAAGAUUGGCGCGCAAUGCCGGAAUGGUCUCCUCACCGUCACAGCACCCAAGAUCCCUCCGCGAGAACCGGAAAAGCCCAAGGUGAUCAACAUUCAAAUCAGCUAACUUAAAGCAGAAAUGCAUACCCAAUCAGCUGAGGGCAAAGAAGAGUCCAUCUCCCAUCGAGGAUGCUGGCAUACGAUAUG